ACACGCAAACCGGCAGUGCGCCUGUGCUGGGAGGGAUGGCUGAGGACUACACACUCCGUCCUCACUGAGGCUCACGCGUCUGUCGUUACAGCCCGGUUUGGGUCUGGGUUUGGGUUUGGAUGCAGGGAGACUCCCGUCUGCGUUUUCUUGGACAAAAUGCGGAGUCCAGAGCCGCCGGCGUCGCUGCGGUGUGUCGGCGGUGCGCAGUGAGGAGGCACUGGCGGGUCGGUGUGUGCUGUGAAUAAUGUCUGGAGGCGCUGCGUGCAGAUCUUCUGACUGGGAAAGUUGUUUGUCGCUUGUUUGGAUCUGAGACAAGAUGCAUCUGUUUCGGAGUCACCAUUACCAAGUGUUCCCGGACCGCUCCUCAGUGGAAACACCGACCAUACGAGGCAUCAGCUGGACUCCGCUGCCAGAGGCCCUAAAUUCAAAGGACACCAUGAAGCAGUUUCUUUCAGAUCGUGUGGUAAAGGCAGCGAGAUCAGUGUAUAGUGUCAUGAUCGAGAGGAACCCUGGACUCGUCCGAGAUAGAAAGUAUCACCUAAAAACAUACAGACAGUGUUGUUCUGGUAAGGAGCUUGUCGAUUGGCUGAUGAAACAAAAUGAAUGCCUGCAAUCAAGAAGCCAGGCAGUUGGGAUGUGGCAGGUCUUGGUGGAUGAAGGAAUCCUUGUUCAUGUGAAACAUGAGUUGAACUUCCAUGACAAGGACACACAGUUCUACCGCUUCCAGGACUCUGAGUUCAGCCUGAACUACACGACAAAUGAGAAGGACUCGGAGGACGAGCUGCAGGAGGGUCUGUCGCUGCUGUCUCAGCUCGGUCCUGAUGCUCUGCUCACUAUGAUCCUACGCAAAUGCCCUAGUCAGAGGAGUGCUGAGGACCUGGAGGUCAUCUACGAGGAGCUGCUCCAUGUCAAGGCUGCGGCUCAUCUAUCCACCUCUGUGCGUAAGGAGCUGGCAGCGGUGCUGGUCUUUGAAUCACAUGCCAAAGCCGGAACAGUCUUGUUCAGUCAAGGGGACAAAGGGACUUCCUGGUACAUCAUCUGGAAAGGCUCUGUAAAUGUGAUCACACAUGGGAAGGGCCUGGUCACUACACUACAUGAAGGCGAGGACUUUGGGCAGCUAGCUUUGCUGAACGACGCCCCUCGUGCUGCCACCAUCAUCCUGAGAGAAGACAACUGCCAUUUCCUCCGUGUUGAUAAACAGGACUUUAUACGCAUCCUCAAGGAUGUUGAGGCUAAUACGGUGCGACUGCAGGAGCAUGGGAAAACUGUGCUGGUGCUGGAGAAGAGCACAGACUGGGCGGAGCAGGGCGGAGCAGGGAACAACUGCAAGUACACCGUUAUGUCAGGAACACCUGAGAAAAUCCUGGAGCACUUAUUGGAAACAGUAAGGUUGGACUCUAACGGAAAUGAUGCAAUAGAUCCCUGCGUAAGCGACUUCCUGCUCACCCACAAAGUCUUCAUGCCCUCCAGCCAGCUGUGUCUCGCACUACAGCACCACUAUCAGGCCGAGCUCUCUGAGGGCUCAGAUCAGGAGAAGGCUUCAUACGUUCUCACCACCAAGCAGAAGGUAGUGAAACUGAUUAGCCAGUGGGUGGCGCUUUAUGGCCUUCUCCUGAAAGAAGACCCCAUCGCUUUGGAUUCUCUGGAGAGGUUGAAGAAGGAGGUGGCAGGAGAUUAUCGUCUGUCCAGCAUCCUGAAAGAACAAUUUAGGGAAAGGAGGAGAACAAAAGUGAUGGAGAAUGGAUAUCAGUCCCUGAUCAGGAACCAGCAAUUUGAUUGGUUUUCACACUGUGAGGAGCCUGUGGGGAGGUUACAACCAAUCAGAGCACAAGAUAAAGUACUCUAUGAGAUCUACAGGCCAGACAACAAACCUCUCACUCUGAUGCUCCCAGUGAACUCGUCUGUACAGGAUGUGAUGUCAGCGACAGUCAAACCCGGCGGAGAUCACAUCCUGGUCAAAAUGAACUCUGUGGGAGAAAGAGCUCAGUUAAAGCUGGAUGCGACUGCAGUCUACACGGCGCUGGGACUCAACGAGAGACUGUUCAUCUGCACAAGCAGCCAAGUGGAACAACUGACACCCCUGACGGAGCAACAGGGUCCAGAGCGAGGAACAACCGACAUCCUGGAACAGAUGGGCUCUAAAGACAUCGCCAAUGAACUCACCAACUACGACUGGGAACUGUUCACUGCCAUGCAUGAGGUGGAGCUUGUCUACUAUGUGUUCGGGCGUCAUAAAUUCCCAGGUGCCAUCACAGCUAACCUGGAGCGGUUCGUGCGUCGCUUCAAUGAGGUGCAGUACUGGGUGGUGACGGAGCUGUGCCUCUGUGAAGACCUGGUGAAACGAGCCAUUCUGCUCAAGAAGUUCAUAAAGAUUGCAGCAGUAUUAAAAGAGCAGAAGAACCUGAAUUCAUUCUUUGCUGUGAUGUUCGGUUUGAGCAACAGCGCAGUACACAGGCUUUACAAGACCUGGGAGAGAAUACCCAGCAAGACAAAAAGAGUUUACUGUGCUUAUGAGAGGCUGAUGGAUCCCUCACGCAACCACAGGGCCUACAGACUGGCUGUGGCCAAACUCAGUCCUCCCUACAUCCCCUUCAUGCCUCUGCUGCUCAAAGACAUGACAUUCAUCAAUGAGGGAAAUCCAAACUAUGUAGAUAAAUUGGUCAACUUUGAGAAAGUGCGCAUGAUCGCCAAGACGGUGAAAAUUGUACGAGGAUGUAGAAGCCAGCCGUACGUGCCGUCGUCUCCACAGAGGGGUCUGGCAGAUCGGAUGUUUCUGGAAGGGCCUGCUACUCGCAUAUCUACAUACUCAGACAACGCCCUCACUCUCCGGAGUCCCAGCAACAUCCGACAAUACAUCCAGAACCUGAAAGUGAUCGACGACCAGCGUAAGCUGACGCAGCUAUCAAGAACAAUCGAAUGCUAGAACAUCGACCUGCAGAUGUAGAAAAACUGUAAAACUGUAGCUCAAGAAAAAACCACAGAACAGACUCAGCUGCAUGAACACAUUCGCCUAAAUAAGAUGGAUGUCUGGAGGCGCUGAGCGCCGUGGAUUCGCUCUAAUUCAAGGAGCUUGGACAUUGAUGGAUCAGCUCUGCACAGCAUCAAGAGUGCAAAUGUGCUGUUUGCACAGUAAUAACCUCUGAUGAUGAACUAGAGAAUCCAGUUCUGGGACUUGUGGGACACUUUUUAUAUUCAGAAAGCCUCACAGCCUUGCAUGUGCCACAGUGGAAACUCACCCACUCACAAAGGCGAUGUUACAAUGUGUACAGAUAAUCAAAGUAUGCCUGACUUUGGUGUAAAGAGUCAUAUGUAACAUUUUGUAUCCUGCUGUCUGUGGAAGAAUCACUCUGUUGGGUCGACAAAAAGGCUAUGAGAACACAUGCGACACAUCUUUGCCUUCGUUUAUCACUCGCAGUCAGAUUUUUCGUGCACUAGUACUUUCACAUUAAAACUAAUAUAUUGUAUCGGAUCAUUUUUUGGCAACAAGGCCACUAACUGACAUGCAAAAUAUAAUUUCAUACAAUGUUGUUUUCUAAAUAAAUUAUUUUCUCAGUUA